GCUGCUAUAUGGUCCUCAUCCAGUUAUCCAAUUAGUGUUUUAUUACUCAAACGGCGUAUAUAGUAUAACGAUGAUGAAUGCUAGCGUGAACUAGAUCCGUGAACGGCCACGCAGAGACUAGUAAAAUUUGUCCCGAAGUGCAGUGCCGGCGGUGAUUUAAGAAUUUUCUGCAAGAGGAAUUUUAUUAAGGUGGAAAUCACCCUUUCACCGCAAUAUCAGAGGUAAAUCGUUAAGCCGGAGUAGAUACCGCGUGACAAUUAUGAACAUUAUCGCGUAAACGAAGGCGUUUGAAGAACAGUUGCAAUGAAUUUGAACUUUGAAAAUGUUUGGUAUGCAAGAAGACGAAGAUAUUUAAAGCAAUCAAUAAAUGCACUGAUUGCCACAAGAUUUGUCAUCGCAAGUGCCUGAAGGACUUUUUAUCUGAAGUAUUACAGCUAACGGAGACAACUACGGAUAUACACGGUUUGGAACAGGACGGACAAGUUAUGGACGUUAAUAGUGUCACUCUGGAAGCGGACAACAAUAUUACGUCGUCAAUAAUUGCAGAUGUUCCUUAUGUGUCAGAACAGAACACAAUAACAGAUAUUGAAAGAAUUAACCAAACUAUUGAAUUUAACAAAGAAGUCAUAAGUCCAGAAAACGUCGCUCUCGAAGAGGAUAACAAUAUUUCGUCGUCAAUAACUGCAGAAGUUCAUUAUGUGUCAGAAUCGGAACCAGACACAAUAACAGAUAUUGAAAGAAUUAACCAAACUAUUGAAUUUAACAGAGCAGUCCCAAGUCCAGAAAAUGUCGCUCUCGAUGAGGAUAACAAUAUUUCGUCGUCAAUAACUGCAGAAGUUCAUUAUGUGUCAGAAUCGGAACCAGACACAAUAACAGAUAUUGAAAGAAUUAACCAAACUAUUGAAUUUAACAGAGCAGUCCCAAGUCCAGAAAACGUCGCUCUCGAAGAGGAUAACAAUAUUUCGUCGUCAAUAACUGCAGAAGUUCAUUAUGUGUCAGAAUCGGAACCAGACACAAUAACAGAUAUUAAAAGAAUUAACCAAACUAUUGAAUUUAACAAUGAAGUCAUAAGUCCAGAAAAUGUCGCUCUCGAUGAGGAUAACAAUAUUUCGUCGUCAAUAACUGCAGAAGUUCAUUAUGUGUCAGAAUCGGAACCAGACACAAUAACAGAUAUUGAAAGAAUUAACCAAACUAUUGAAUUUAACAGAGCAGUCCCAAGUCCAGAAAACGUCGCUCUCGAAGAGGAUAACAAUAUUUCGUCGUCAAUAACUGCAGAAGUUCAAUAUGUGUCAGAACUGGAACCAGACACAAUAACAGAUAUUGAAAGAAUUAACCAAACAAAAAUCAAAAAUAUUAAACGAUCAAUUGAACUUGAUCCAAACACAAUUAAUCAUAAUUUUGUAAAGAAAUUUAAUUUUUUUUGUUUCAGAAAAUGUUUGUUUUGCAAGAAAACAAAAAUAUUUAAAGCAAUCAAUAAAUGCACUGAUUGCCGUAAGAUUUGUCAUCGCAAGUGCCUGAAGGACUUCCUACAAACAAAAUCAGAAGUAUUACAGCUAACGGAGACAACUACGGAUAUACACGGUUUGGAACAGGACGGACAAGUUAUGGACGUUAAUAGCGUCACUCUGGAAGCGGACAACAAUAUUUCGUCGACAAUAAUUGCAGAUGUUCAUUAUGUGUCAGAACAGAACACAAUAACAGAUAUUGAAAAAAUUAACCAAACAAAAAUCAAAUAUUUUAAACGAAAACGUGAAGUUGAUCUAAACACAAAUAAUCUGGAAAAAGUUCUGGACGAAUACAAAUUAGAUGAAAUGGAUCUGGAGACAGCACACAUAUAUAUGAACACUAAAUAGCCACGAAUAAUAUAUAUCUAUUAUCCGUGAGAAAAAAACGGUGACCUGUCAUUUAGUCCGGUAAAUUAUAUCCGGCGGCAAUUGAUCCACGACAUUUGAUCCGGUUUAAUAAGAACCUGUACCAAAAAAAUAUCCUGCUAAAAAAUUUCUGGUAACAAAAAAAUAUAAAAUAUAAAUACAUAGUUAUUUUUGAAUUAGUUAUAAUUUUAUUUUCAUAAUUUUCAAAAACGUCAUUAUAAAAGUAAUAUAGAAUGUUAAUAGGUAGGUAUAUAAAAAAUAGUUAUUAUUUAAUUUUCAUAAUUUUCAAAAACGUCAUUAUAAAAGUAAUAAUAUAGAAUACAAAUGUUUAUAAAUUAAAAUUAUGAGCGACACCCUUCAAAUACGUAAUAAAAUACGUUGGAAAUUUAUAUCUUUUUUGAAUCAGGAACAGGGGCUCCAAGAAGCAAAAUUAGAAAAAAUUAUUCUGGAUGAAAAUAAUCAUACAAAAAAAAGAAAACAUAAAAACAUAGACCAACAUCUUAAAAAUACCGUAGAAAACUACGAAACUACUAUCGCUCAUAAUUUUAAUUUAUAAACAUUUGUAUUCUAUAUUAUUACUUUUAUUAUGACGUUUUUUAAAAUUAUGAAAAUUAAUUAAUAACUAUUUUUGAUAUACCUACCUAUUUAUAUUCUAUAUUAAAAAUAUAAUGACGUUUUUGAAAAUUAUGAAAAUAAAAUUAUA